AUGGCAGCCAGCGGGCUGGCUCCCGAGCCGUUCACCAGAAUCAAGGAGCCGGAGUCGACGCCGGUGACAGGCCUGGAGGAGGAGGCGGCCGGCGCGGCCCCCCCGGCCCGGCUGCUGGCCGAGGAGCUGGAGCCGGCGCCGGCCGCCCCGGCCGAGCCCAGCAAGCUGGUCCUGGCCCUGCAGAGCGUGCCCCUGGUCUCGCAGGACGUGGGGCUGCAGGAGCUGGGCUGGCUGGGCGCGCCCCAGCCGGGAGAGGUGCAGCUGAUCCUGCAGGAGGCUGGCGCCGACCUGCCCUCGCUGCUGUGGCUGGGCGAGGAGCCCCGGCAGGCCGCGCCGCCCUGCGUGGCCGUGAGUGUCCAGGAGGACCUGAGCGCGCUGCAGGAGAUGGGGGUGAUACAGUUCCACCUGCUGGCGGACGGCGGCCCCGUGGCCGGGGACAGCAAGGCGGGCAGCCUGGCCGACAUCCCCGGGACCCUGGCCGACAUCCCCGGGACCCUGGCCGACAUCCCCGGGACCCUGGCCGACAUCCCCGGCUUCGAGAAGCUGGGGAGAGAGCAGCAGCGGGACCCGCUGGUGCUUGAAGGAGGAAAUGGAAUUGUCCUGACCAUUUCGAACUUGAACGCGGAGGAGCAAGGAGACCAGCCGGCCGCCACUCAGGCAGCUGUGGAGAAGGCCGACUUCCCGAGUGGGGACGGACAGACCAAGGCUUUGGGUUUGGGUUUAUAUUCCGUGUCCUGGUCCUCAAGGCCUCGGACACUCUCGUCCCUAAUGCAGGUGUUCACGUACAACCCCACAACCACGUCUGUGCCUGUGGACGUGCGUGCCUGCCUGUGGACGUGCGUGUCUGUGCCUGUGGACGUGCGUGUCUGCCUGUGGACGUGCGUGUCUGUGCCUGUGGACGUCCGUGUCUGCCUGUGGAUGUCCGUGUCUGCCUGUGGACAAGCGGCCCGGGCCUUCUGCUGCGGCGUUUGCGCCUUCACCUCGGCCCACGGCUCCAGCUUCGCCCGGCACGUGAAGACCCACAGCAGCGAGAAGCCGCACCUGUGCCACCUGUGCCUGAAGGCCUUCCGCACGGUCACCCUGCUGCGGAACCACGUGAACACGCACACGGGAACCAGGCCCUAUAAGUGCAGCGACUGCGACAUGGCCUUCGUCACCAGCGGGGAGCUCGUCCGCCACCGGCGGUACAGACACACCCACGAGAAGCCCUUCAAGUGCUCCCUGUGCAAGUACGCGAGUGUGGAGGCCAGCAAGCUGAAGCGCCACCUCCGUUCGCACACGGGCGAGCGCCCCUUCCAGUGCCGCCUGUGCAGCUACGCCAGCAAGGACACCUACAAGCUGAAGCGGCACAUGCGCACCCACUCAGGUGAGAAGCCGUACGAGUGCCGGGUGUGCCACGCCCGAUUCACCCAGAGCGGCACCAUGAAGACACACAUCCUGCAGAAGCACAGUGAGAACGUCCCCAAGUACCAGUGCCCGCACUGCGCCACCGUCAUCGCCAGGAAGAGCGACCUGCGUGUGCACCUGCGCAACCUGCACGCGUACCGCGCGGCCGAGAUGAAGUGCCGCUACUGCGCCGCCGCCUUCCACGAGCGCUACGCCCUCCUCCAGCACCAGAAGACGCACCGCGACCAGAAGAGGUUCACCUGCGGGCACUGCGGCUACGCCUGCAAGCAGGAGCGGCACCUGGCCGCCCACGUGCGCACCCACACCGGCGAGAAGCCGUUCGCCUGCCUCUCCUGCAAUAAGUGUUUCCGGCAGAAGCAGCUGCUGAACGCCCACUUCAAGAAACACCACGACUCCAGCUUCGUCCCCACCGUGCACAAGUGCCCCAAGUGUGGCAAGGGCUUCUCCCGCUGGAAUAACAUGCACAGGCACUCGGAGAGGUGCGACUCGGGCCCCGCGGAGGCGGCUGCUUCGGGGGAGGAGAGGAGGCCGGGGAAGACGACGGCCGUCCCAGGAGCCGCAGUAAAGGAAGAAGCCACCCAGAGGCCCGGAGACGUGUCUGGUGCCGCGUCCCGCCGGGGUGGGCAGGACCUGACGGUGCCUGGGGCCCUUUUGGUCAGCACAGCCCAGGGGAUGGGGCUCCCGGCCUCCAGUGGCCGGAGUCCAGGGCUGCGGCUCACGCCCCAGGGAGCCCCCACGCCAGCAGAUGGUGCAUCGAGGGUCCUGUCCUGGGACGAGCUUGGGACGGGCCUGCCACCGCUGCCUCACUCCCAGGAGGCGGCAGCGCAGGGGCCUUUGGCGGACAAAGGGGAGCCGCUCCCCGGCAAGCCGGUUCCUGUCCUGGCCGGAAGCCAAGAGCAGCCGGAAGGCCUGACCUGCGAGAUGAUCCUCAGCGUGAUGGACAAGUGA